UCACAUGACCUCUUCACACUACAGUCACAUGACCCCCUCCACCACCCGGAAGCACAGCCUGAGACAGGACCUUAAUUUUCUGUGUCACGUCACUCAGCCUACAUUAGACACAUCACAAUGGGAAAGAAGAAACCUCAGAAAGACGCAAGACCAAAACAGAAAGAAUCCCGGUUUAAGAGGCCCUCUAAAAGUCUAGAGAGCUUUGCCAGUGAAGUCCAUGAAGCGUUAGAUGCCAGUAUCCAGGGAGACGGUGCAGACGAUGAUGGAGAGACGAAGGUGAAGUUUCCCUGUCCAUUGGCAAUGUGGGAGUUAGGACACUGUGACCCAAAGAGGUGUACAGGCCGGAAACUGGCGCGGAAAGGUCUUGUCAGGAACCUCAGGAUAAACCAAAGGUUCAACGGCAUCAUUCUGAGCCCUAUGGGGACACUGUGUGUCUCUCCUGCUGACAAACAAAUAGUUGCAGACUGUGGUGUAGCUGUUAUUGACUGCUCCUGGGCUAAGCUGGAUGAAACACCAUUCUCUAAGAUGAAAGGAAGCCAUCCUCGGUUGUUGCCAUACUUGAUUGCUGCAAACCCAGUCAACUAUGGGAGGCCCAGCAAACUGUCUUGCGUGGAAGCCUAUGCUGCGACAUUCUGUAUUGUUGGAUUUCCAGAUUUGGCCACGAUUCUGUUGAGGAAAUUUAAAUGGGGGAAAGUGUUUCUUGAGCUGAAUAAAGAUCUGCUGGAGAAGUACAGUAAAUGCCAGAAUUUGGAGGAAAUGCAGAAGGUGGAAGCAGAGUACCUGGCUGGAGCUCCGGACAAAGAUGAAGAAGAAAUAGAUCCAUUUGAUGUUGAAUCUGGACGAGAAUUUUCCAACCUAAACAGAGUCAUCUGCUCGGGACGGGUGUUGGAGGAUGAGGAUGAUGAUGAGGAGGACGAGGAGGAGACUGAUGAGGAAGAUAACACUGAGGAGGCAAAUGAUGGCAAAGCAGAGUCCCACUCUGAUGAGGAAACUGAAGGUGAUGAAGUAGAAGCCGCCACGGCUAGUAAGCCUGUUAUUUGGAAAGGAGUGAAGAAGAGACUGAGAGACUAAGCGAUGAGAGUGUUCUAACAAUAUGACCGCCUGGGUUACAGUAACCUUUUCUCAAAAAGCUUGUAUUUAUGUAUAGUUUUUGCUACUUCCUAUAUAAAAAUUAAAUAUAUUGGAAAGUUUAAAUAGGA